CUGGCGCAGGUUCUAAAGGCAGGGGUUUGGGCUAACCAGACCACCUUUACUUCCUUCUACCUUCGGGAUAUUACCCACAGGUCCUUGGACACUUUUUCUUUGGGACCCGUUGUGGCUGCUCAACAAGUUGUGUAGUCUACCCAGCAUCCGAGUGGACAGAACAGCAUCACAUCCUUGUGUGACUGCAUGAAUGGACGAGUGAAAGAGAGUGUGACUGGCUUCUCUUCCUUCGUUCUUCCUCCUCUACCUGUGGGCAGAGGGCCGCGGUCGUCACUACGUUGAACAGGAGGCCGAUGCAGGUAAGCUACACAACCGAGCUCCAUCCUAUCCCUUUCAUUAGGGAUAGGAGUUUUUUAUCCACCACUCCCCAACAAGGGGGGGAGUGGAAGCCAACAAGAGACAAACCCAUGACUUCAUCUUGGCUCUUGAAGAAGGAACUAGUUCUUGCAUUUGUUGCUAUUUAUAAGAGGUACGCUUGCCUCCCUCUUAUAAAUUUGGUCCAGAGGUCUGACACUGAUCCUGCGGUGCACACCCCAAUCAGCUGGGCAAAGGCUAGGAUCCCUCCCUUUGCUCUUACGACCAGGUAGGGAACCAAGGUAGGAUGAACACCAGUCUGUUCAUAAGACUCGGAUUCCACCCACCAAUAAGUGAGUCUUCCUAUUAUUAAAGAACCGAGGGUUUGUAUACGUACCAGAACAAAUAACAAUUUGUCAAAAACUGUAUUUUUCCUAACUAUACAAACCUGAGGUCCUUUACAUAUAGUCCCUCCUCAUGCCACCCGUCACUCUGCGUUUUCCUGGGCAUAAAGCAAAGUGACUCCUCUCCUCGCAGUCGAGCUGACCGCCAACUGCAGGACAAGCAGUUAACUACCGAACCCCCUUGUUCGAAGCUUACGACCAGUUCAGCUGCUGCUAAGUACCUUCCUAUUGUUAAAGGACCUCAGGUUUGUAUAGUUAGGAAAAAUACAAUUUUCGACAAAUUGUUAUUUUGCAGUGUCUUGUAUGUAACAGAAUUUCAUACUCAUUGUUGUCAAAAUAUUUUUGCAGGUGGUGUUUCCCUUGCAGCAUGAGCGUGUAUUUAAUAAGUAUCUGGGAAUGGAUCGUAUUCAUCCUAGAAUACAUAUGCAUACUGCAACAGGAAGAGUAACAAUGCAUGACCCAAACCUUCAGACCGUACCAAGAGAUUUCAACAUUCAGAGAGAAAUUAAAGGGACUUCAGAUGGCAAUUGUGGUUUGAGGAAACAACAACAGGCUUUGUCAAAUUCAAGGAUAAUGACGCAGUUAGCGCCUCUCUUGACACAAGAAUUCGAAGACUAUACCAUAAGCCUUCGCCACGCUCUGGUGGCCCACCCUGAAAACAUCCUUUUAGCAGCUGAUUAUUCUCAGCUGGAACUCAGACUGUUAGCCCAUUUGGCAGCUGAUACAAAACUUUUGCAUCUGCUUAAUGGUGGAGAAGAUGUUUUCAAGAUGAUUGCUGCACAAAUUCACUUCACCGACGUCUCGGAAGUAACUUCAAAACAACGACAGCAAGCUAAGCAGAUUUGUUAUGGCAUGAUAUACGGAAUGGGUGCACGGGCACUUGGCGAUCAGCUAAACGUAGACGAAAACGAAGCUUUAACAUUUAUGGACAAAUUCAAAAGUCGUUUCCCUGGGGUGCAGGAUUUCAUGCAAAAGACGGUAGAGAGUUGCCGAGAGAAAGGUUACGUCGAGACUCUGAUGGGUCGUCGAAGAUAUCUUCCAAAUAUAUGUAGUACCAAUUCUUUUGCCAGAAGUCAGAGUGAACGCCAAGCUGUUAACACUGCCAUUCAGGGCUCAGCCGCCGAUCUAGUCAAAAUUGCGAUGGUAGAAAUUGCGAAUGCUUUACGUACAACGUUCCCCUCUACUCCCUCAUUCCUGACACACCCUAGAACACCAAGAGACAAAUUUACCGGGGCCUACCUGGUGCUCCAGCUUCAUGAUGAAUUAAUAUAUGAGGUGGCUAAUGAAGAUAUCAUUCAAGUAGCACAGCUAGUUCAAAAGUAUAUGGAAGGGGUGCACCAGCUUGCAGUUUGCUUGCCUGUCAAAAUAAAGGUUGGUCCAUCUUGGGCUUCCAUGCAGACUCUCAAUCUCUAAGUUAGACUUAAAAGAUAUAUAGUGUUACAUUUGUACAGUAUUUUAUAUAUAUAUAUUAUUCUGGUAGAAAAUGUUGGCUUAUAGAAUAUUUAUUAACAGAUGUAAAUAAUAUCAGGCUCUUCAUUGUUAUUAGAUUGGCAUUAUAAUUUAAGUGUGUAAGUGACGAUAAUGACUCAAUUUUAUUUAACUUAUUCUUUUACCAUUAUACAUGCUAGAAAUU